GGUGGCAGGGUCUGGGGAAGGGGCAGCAGGCGCCAUGUCCGGCCGGGAAGGUGGCAAAAAGAAGCCCCUGAAACAACCCAAGAUGCAGGCCAAGGAGAUGGAUGAGGAGGAUAAGGCUUUCAAACAGAAACAGAAAGAGGAACAGAAGAAACUGGAGGAGCUGAAAGCGAAGGCGGGGAAGGGCCCCCUGGCCACAGGUGGAAUUAAGAAAUCUGGCAAAAAGUAAGCUGCUCCUUGGCACCUGAAGUGAUGCUGCCCUCGACCCCACACGUGUCUGAACAUCUGGUGUCUCGGCCGGAGCAUCUUUAGCUGCCCAUAGUAAGAAUGUAGUGCCACUUUGGAGCCCGUUGUACAUUUACAAAUAAACUUUUGUAAAAAGAAAAAAAAUGGGGGG